UUGCCUCGGGGAAGAGCACGGUGGUGGCCGUACUCCGGGAACUGGGCUGUGCCGUGAUUGAUGCCGAUGUUAUUGCCAGAGAGGGUGAGUUUUGCAUAGUUGAUCUUUCUCCCUGAGGUUCCCCUGACAACUGGGAUUGAUGCGGGGAAGCGCAGACAGCAGAGGGUGCUCUGGGUAUGUUAGAUAAGUGUUUCCCUCCCAUUCCCCGCUUGAUGAGGCUGUGUGGAGGAGCAGCUGUCUCGGGUGGGAUUGGAACUAGGAUAUAUUUUUAAUAAAGAAAAAAAAAAUAAGAUCAUGUCCUAAUAAACACUGUGGGGAGAUCUUGCCUUGCGUUUCCCUCUCCUGGAAUGCAAUGUUUCCUGGCUUUGAAAGCCAAUUCUGGGCAAACUAAAUGUGGUUCUCUGUAAAGUAGGUUCCCUCGGCUGAUCUGAUGUCCCCUCCUAAGCCCCAGGACACCCAUCCUGUAAGGUGGUUACGUUAGGUGGAAUCACUAAUGCCUAGCUUGAAAGAGAAUUUUCGUCUGUGCUGGAUGUUGCUUGGUUGUAAAUAUAGAGAGAUUGGUCCACAAAAUUACUUGUGCCUUAAUGUGCUCAAAAAAAGAGGCUCCAAAUAUCCCGGAUGAGAGGGAAUUCGGUCUGUGCUUCCGCACAGCACACCGGCCUCUCGCUGCUCUGGAAACGUGCUGUCCUGGCUACAGAAAAGACCCAGCAAUUCAGAUCCGUUGCCUCAACAGGACUGGGGCAGACCCUCCUUGCCCCAAUUACCUCCACAAUGCGGGAUGAGAUGUUAAUCCCUUCGUUCCACCGGGAUAAUCAGGAGAGCAGUGCCUGCUCCAGGGAGGGCUGCUGAUUUUGUAUGCGGAAGGUUUCGGGUCUGCAGCUGAGCGGUGGUGCAGGCGGUGUCAUUUUGAAGUGCCUGCGCUUUUCUAUUUGGUGAAGAACUUACCAUGUAGCCACUCAAAGCUGUGAUGCUCUUAACGUUUUAUUACACUGUAAUUCCCCUCAAGGUGUGGAAAAUUUGCUGGAGGUGCUAAAAGCCCUCAGAGAUGAUAGGAAAACACUACAGAUACUCAGUGUUAGUUUUCUACCAAUCACUUCAUUUUUCUCCAAGUACUUUUUUAUAUGUGUUUAUUUACUAUAUGGAUUUCACCCAUCCUGAAACUACCUCGGUGUAAAAUUUCCACGGGAGAAAGAAAUUGGUCUUAAAGACUUUUAUUAGGUUGGCCUGAGGUUACAACCUGUGGCAAUGUUCCUGGAUUUUGGCGAGAAAAUUAUAUAUGGUCUGUCAUGCUCUGUGGUUAGCCUCAGCUUGAUCUUAAUUAUGGUUUUAUUACAGCAUCCUUUUUGGUGGUGAUUUUUUUGGUGGCUUUAAUAUUAUAUGCUCGUGCAACGUCAGAGUCCCUGCAAUUACCUAUUGGGAAUUGAUCUCUUAGAAGGUUUCUGUGUUCAUUCUCAUGAAGAAUUUGGUGACUAACAUGAAAGACAGUUAAAAAACCCCUCAGUAGCAGCCAGAGCCAACCUGUAGUAGCCAGGCUGUAUUCACCUAGCACUGAAGUUUUUAGCUAAAAUAAACCUGAUGCUGAACCCCGUCCUUUUAGGAUCUCCCUGCUCGACUCCUCGCCCUGCAGGCGGUGGGAAUUGGCUCAGCCCUGUUCCUGGUAGCUGUCAGCAAGCCCUCCUGCCCGCCCUGCUGACUUCUAACCCCGAACAGCAGCAUGCAGGAGGAGGGUUGUGGCGCUGAAUUAAUGCCUGCAGGAUGCUUCGAUCUCUUGGGUGUCAGCCCUCAAAGGGACCUUGGGCCGAGAGGGUUGGGUUGUUUCGGUGUUUUUUUGGUUUUUUUUUUUUUGCAGAUGCUUUCCUGCAGCACCGAUGCCAGGUGUCUGCCGGGCUGCAGCGCUGAGCCGCGCCGGUCUCGGUUCAGCGGGUGCUGGCAGGCAGAUGUGCUGCCCGCCGAGAAGAAUAAGCUCGGUUAUUUAAUGAACAAAACUCAUUUGAGGCCGAUCGCUGAUGCAAACACCAACUGUGCUGUAGAACUGGCUCUAACCUCCGGCUGUUUAAUGUUAUCAGUGGUGCAGCCUCACUUCAAGGCCUAUCGGCAGAUAGUGCAUUACUUUGGCACCGAGAUCCUCUUGGAGAAUGGAGAGAUAAAUCGUGAGGCUCUAGGAAACAUUAUCUUUUCCCACCCGGGGAAGCGGCAGCUGCUGAACUCCAUCACCCACCCGGAGAUCCAGAAGGAGAUGCUGAAGCAGAUCUUGAAGUACUUUGUGCUAGGCUACCGCUAUGUGAUCCUUGACAUCCCUCUGCUCUUCGAGACCAACAGAUUGACCAAGUUUAUGAAAUGCACGGUCUUGGUUUAUUGUGAUCCGCCGACACAGCUCUCUCGGCUGAUGAAGAGGAACGGGCUGUCCCGGGCGGAGGCAGAAGCUCGCAUCGCCUCCCAGCUGCCGCUGGAUGAGAAGCGCAAAUUAGCGAGUCACGUCAUCGACAACUCCAGGGACCGGGAGAGCACACGCCGGCAGGUCCUGAGGCUGCACGCCUGCCUGGAGGAUUCCCUGGAUUUCCUCUGGGCACGGCUGGCGGCAGGCACGGUUGUAGCUGGGCUUGGAGGGCUGGUGUACCUCCUCCUCCGGCAUUUCAUGUCUUAAUUCACCUUUUCUUUUUGUCAUGGAAGAGGCCUGAAUUUCCAGGUUUGAAAAGGGCAGUGAAAGGCCACCUCUUUUAAUGAGCUUUGCCAGCUGAAUGCAGACAGUGGGAUGAGGCGUCUCCUUACAGACUUCCCAAGGUGAACGUAGAGAGGGUUUUUUUCCAGCACCGUCUCCCAUCUCCCUUCUUCCUACCCAUCACCUGUAGCUGCAGGGUGGGACUGCUCCCCAUGUGUGGCUGCAGCCCAUGAAGGGGAUGAGGCCCUCAUUAUCCCCCUAUGGCUCUGUGCGGUGGGACUUCAGGGAAUUUAGGCACUUUAACGUUUUCCAGGACAAUCUCUUCACUGGGGGAGUAGGUGGCCUCUCCGGUCCUGUUUCUGCUAGCGAGUGUCCCCAGGUUGACCCCCUCUGAGCUUGCAGCCCCAGCUAUCUGAAUUUAGACAUGGGAUUUCCCUUCUUUCCCGUUGAUUUAAUGGAAACAUGUUAAAUCUGCGGGGGGGGUGGGGGUGGCAAGCAGGCAGCACCUCAUUUCACAGGGGUGAGGUGUUUGGCUAUCUGCUCGCCCUCCCUCCUGCUCUCUAUUUCUGCCAUCAUCGCUUGUGGGUCACCUUUGGCUUUGGAGCUGAGGGUCUGAUACGUCCCCGGAGCAGGCUGAGACCUAGGACCUUCCCUCAUUGAAACGCAUUUAGUUCUGGUUUGAGUUUUCCUUCGGCGGCACUUUCCCUGUGG